UCUCACACAUGGUGCCUUGAGAGAUAAACGCAUGAAGGAAAUCAAAGAAAAAAGUCACGAUGGGGGAGUUCACGGUUCAUAAUGUGCGGUUCUAUGACUUCGAGCCCAAGUCUAUACAGUGUAUGUCCUACGAGGAUGAAAGUAAUCGCUUGGCAUUGUCGAGGGCUGAUGGCAGUGUAGAAAUAUGGAACUGCAAGCAUCGACCUUUUAUGCAACAAGUUAUUCAGGGUGAUGAAGACAGUUCUGUUGAAGCUUUGGCUUGGUGCAAUGGCAGGUUGUUUAGUGCUGGUCUUCAUGGCUUUUUGCUGGAGUAUGACCUUGCCUCUUGUACUGUCAGAUCUCGCACAGCAGUCACUGGGGGGCCUACGUGGUGUCUUGCCCUCGCACCCAACAAACAGAAGUUGGCUGCAGGAACAGAGGAUGGAUAUGUCUGCCUGUUUAACGUUGAUGAAGACAGAGUCAUAUAUGACAAGAGCUUGGCCAAACAAGAAGGUAGAAUUUUGAGCAUAGGCUGGCACCUUAGUGGAAACUACAUUGUCACUGGAUCUGUUAACUGUGUGAGACUCUGGUCAUUAAAAGAUGGGAGGGUUACGAGAUGUUCGAUGGGGCAAACAAGGGGAAGGGAGAUUAUUGUAUGGUGCGUAGCUAUCCUGGACGACAUGACAAUUGUUAGCGGCGACUCAAGAGGGAAAACAUGCUUUUGGAAUUCCACACUCGGAACAAUGACACAGUAUGUGCAAACCCACAAAGCAGACGUCUUGUCUCUCGUCAUAUGCCCAGAACAAAAGUUGCUGUACGUCGCAGGGGUCGACCCGACAAUCGUGCAAGUCAAAUUGGUACAGACUGGUUCAAAAUCAGGGAGGAAGGAGUGCUGGAUGAGGUCACUGCCCCGCUCCAUCCACACGCACGACGUCAGGGCCAUGGCACUGACGUCCAGUGGGAAACUGUAUUCGGGAGGUGUGGACACAGUGCUGGCCCUGAGCUACUACCCUCCAAAAACAGUCAUUAAAUAUCGUGCACUUCCACAUCCAGGAUCCAUAUCAAUUGCUGGUGAGGCUGAGUCAAUUUUGCUGCGUUACAAAGACCGCUUGGACCUUUGGCAACUUGGACAUUACCAGGGCAACAAAAAGAAACCCUCUGGUUCGUUUCUGCCCAUUGCUCAGGAUCGUGUGAAGCUGCUAGAACUCCAAUGCAAGGAAGACGAAGUGACGGAGUGGAGUGCCAUUUCCUCCAGUGGCGAGUGGAUCGCGUACAUUGUCCAGGGCAACCACAGGCUAUUCCAUUUCAAUUUGCCGAAGGAUGGCAAAGGGUUGAGCAUACAGAGGAUAAAAGCAAUAAAUGAGAACAUCAAGCAGUGUCGACAAGUUUUGUGGAUUGCAGAAGGCAAGUUAGCGUCAGUUGCUCUUGAUGGCACUAUUCAGAUCAUCAGCGUGACAGAAUCAGAGGCAGAAGUUGACUUGGAGCUGUGUCUUGAGCCAGGCCACAGUGUAAACAAGAUGAAGGCCAACCAUGAGGGCAGCAUCCUGGUGGUGGCUGACAACCAGGAGGUGAUCACAGCCUUCAACCUGCGCAAGGACACCAAGUCUGUGCUGCCAAAGUACAGUGCCCCCGUCACAGCCCUGGGCAUCCACCCAGUCACGUCCGAUGUGGUGGUGGUCUAUGCCGACAUGAUGGUAAAAGAAUACAGCCUACAGACACAGCAUUACACCCCCUUCUGCCGCGAGUUUCUUUCCGAGUGCCCAGCAGAAUUGACCAAAAGGAAUUCAGUGGUCCACGAUGUGAGCUUUGACGUGAGGCACAAGAACCUGGUCCUCCUCCACGACGAUUCGGCCAUCAUUGUCCUCAAUAAGGAGAAGAGUGUUAGUGAACCUUAUGUCAAUAACAAACCGGCCAAAAUGAAGCGUAGAGAUAAUUCCGCCAGACGAGUUAAUGGCAAGGUUGAGAAGGGCAAAAGUACUCUGUGCUUUACUAUUGCACGAAGACCAAAUCAAAUAUUGCACUUUUCGCACGUGAAAAAUGAUUCAGUAGUGAGUGUAGAACUGGAUGACCUACAGUUGUUAGAUAAAUUACCGACAACUCUAAAGGUGAAGAAAUAUGGAGGAGUGUAAAUGCGAGACUAAAAAUAAUAGGAAGAAAUAAUGAAAAUUAUCUUUUGUAUUUUUGGGUUGCCUUUGUUGAUCAAGGAAUACUUUUUUCUUGAAUUGAAUUAUAAAGUGAAUAUGUGAAUUGUGUAAUAUGCUGUUUAUAAAGUAUAUGAAUGUUA